AUGAAGUCCCGAGAUGGGCUUGCCCUUGCGCUGUUGGCUCUUCUAAGCAAUGAUACAACGCUGACACUUGCUCAAUACGUGACUACUGUCACCGUAUCCAUCAAUACCGAUCCUUUCUGUACAGGCAUUGGAGCGUUUGGUGGUAGUGCCGCUGGGGCCGGCAACACUUCUGGCUCUGGCGCAGGUGGUUCUGGAUUCGGAUCGGGAUCUGGGGCCUCAAUUGGGUCUGGCAACGGUACUGGCUCCGCUACCAACAGCGGUGCCCCAAUCAUGCCUAGCAACAACACUACUGGACAUAAUACUACUGGACAUUUUGAUGCUCUUGGUUACUACCCUGCUCCAGCAGACGGAGAUCUCUUGGGUGGUCCCGUCUCCACCAGCCCUAAGAUGACAACGGAGCUCUGUGAUACCACUUGUCAAGGAUAUCCCUACAUGGCGCUCGAGAACGGAGAUGAAUGCAAUUGUGGCUCAUCUGCACCCAACGGCUCACCAUCUUCUGUUCCCCCAUCUAAAAACAAGAGAGAGGUCACCAGCGGCGACUGCAUCCCUUGUGCGGGCAAUAGUAGCGAAUGUUGCGGCGCCCCUGGCGGUUACGCACUCGUCUACCACGUUACGCCGAAUGUCGCUAGCUUGUCAGCAGUCCCCUACAGUACGAUUGAAUCGGCUAGCUCCACCAUCGGAACUUCAUCCACCUCUUACUCACCCAUCUCUUCUGCCUCAGUCGUCGCGGACUCAUCCACCGGCUCGGAUGAAUCGGUCGUCAUUGGCUCCACCACCUCCUCCGCUGCGGUCGAGUCAACUUCCACAUAUGUCUACAGCACCACUGACAGCUCUUAUUUCUCGAAUUAUACCUUUUCCAACACCGCCAUAACCGCGGCUACUAUCACACCUGGCUCUGCGACGGCCAAUAUUACUAACACCGCAACAGCAGCGAACGGAGGUAACAGCGGUGUUAACGCAACAGCAACCAACGGCGGUAAUAGUAGUACUGUCGCAACAGCCAUCGGCGGCAACAGUGGUGCCACCGAAACGACAGCCCAUGGGGGCAACACAAGUGGCAUGGAUCCAUCAGUCUACGGGGUUGAUGGCGGGGCCACCGCAACAGCCAACGGUGGUGCCACUGCAACCGUAGGAUCCAGCACUGCCGAGCAAACUCUUGAGUCUGCGACUCCAUCAUGUGUUAGCUCGGCCAACUAUGUCGGUAACAACACCAAAUACAGUGAUUAUUUCGGAUACACGUACGACAUUAGGUGCAACUUGGACCUACAAUCCUCGCCUGCCGACUCCGACGCACACGCCGAGAGCUUCGAGGAUUGCCUCGAAUAUUGCUCCCUACUAACGGACUGUGUUGCUGUCACCUACCAAGAUCCGCCCUCCACCCCAAGUAAUUCCAGCAAUUGCUAUCCAAAAUGGAGCUUUGGCGGUUACGCGGCAUCUACCGUUGACGGAUUGUACAGCGGUGUCAACGUCAACGGUCCUUCCCCUGGCACUCUCGAGGAUCAGAAUCUCUGCACGACAAACAACACCCAAGGCGUGUCUUACGACAAUCAAGCAUACUACGACGAUUACGGCAACGCUUGGACCAUCGGUUGCGAUAACACGCUCGCCAUUCCCGGCAGUGCGGCUCUCUCCAGCACAGUUACCGACACCCUGGCGAGUUGCGUCGAUUAUUGCGGCGUAUACGACUCGUGUGAAAUGGUGAAUUGGACGGGGCCGCAUAUCAACGGCACGGCAAAUGACCCCAAUUGCUUUCCUGCGUCCUCGAAUGGAACGGCUGGUGCUGCCGAUUCCGCGCCAGGGUCGGGGUACGCUGUUUCGAGCCCUUCUUAG